CCCGGUCAAUAUGAUGAACGUCAGAGGGCUUGCUGACUUCAAGAAGAAGAAAUCUUCCAAGGUCCUGAAGGGGACGGAUGCUGGUGUCCCUAAACCCGCCGGUGACUUCUUUAAGAAGCCGGAGGGGCCGUCGGCGGUCCCAAAUGAUGAUGCUGCCGCUGCUCCGAAGAGAAAAGUUGUGGGCAAGGCUCUCGAGGGCAAAAGGCUGAAAAUGGGAGACGUCGGGAAGAAGGGUCCCCCCGUGGUCAUUGUUGAUGAUUGCCCCGCCUCCGGGAUGCCUGAGGAGAUGACGGUGGCGGAAGUGCCGGGGGGUGUCCGGGAGCCAUCCUCAGAGGUCCUGAUGGUUUCUCUCCCGGUAGGAACGGCCGUGAUGAACUGCACGGCGGACCCGAGGGUGCUUCUGAGGGGCAUGACCCUUGAGAUUGACAGAGCCGCCCUUGGGGCUGAUGAUGACCAGGCCCUCGAGGACAAGAUCCUCCGGUCUUCCCUUACUACUUGCAUUGCCCUUGGUGAGCAGGCCCGAAGGCUGGAGGAGUGGCGUAUGCGCAAGGCUGAGCAGGAUGCAAAAAUGCGGGAGCUUAUCUGCCAGAAUUCUGAUGCCAUCCGGCAUAUGGCUAUGCUGGAGGAGAGCCUUCGGCAGAUGACCCUGCGGGCGGAGGCCGCAGACCGGGGCAAGGCCGAGGCUGAGAGGUCCGCAGCUGAAGCCCUCGAGAGAGCCGCUAAGGAGGCCGAGGCCUCCAAGGCGGAUGCUGUCGAGAAAGCCCGAGGGGACGCCAUCUCCGGUUUUUUGGCAGGGAGGUGGCGAGCAGAGGAGCACAAACAGUGGCUGUCCUCGGUCGUGGAGUCCUCGGUCGAAGAAUGGUGCGAUGGGCCCGGCGUGGAGUGGGUUUCCCGAAAGGGUAAACAAUACUACGAUGGGGGCGAGUUUUUUACUCAAGCCCUCAUCUACCGGAGGAUGGCCCGCCAUCUAAAGAUCGAGCAGAAGGACUUUGACCCGGCAGCGUACGGACUUCCCCCCUGCAUCCAGAUGUCCGUGUUCCUCUCCCCUCAGAUGUCGAGAGGCCAGACUUGGAGGACACCGAGC